UUAGUAUAGGUUUUAAUGAAUGUAGGUGUGUGAUUUACUUUCAGAACCAUAAAUGUUGGUCAAGUUAGUGAAGAACAACGCCUACUUCAAGAGAUACCAGGUCAAGUUCCGGAGGAGGCGAGAGGGUAAGACUGACUACUAUGCUAGGAAGCGACUGGUCACUCAGGCGAAGAACAAGUACAACACUCCUAAGUACCGAGUGGUAGCCAGAGUGACAAAUAAAGAUGUCAUUGCACAGCUGGUCUACUCAACCAUCACCGGAGAUAAGGUAGUAGUUGCAGCAUACGCCCACGAGUUGCCCAGCUAUGGGCUGCCAGUAGGUCUAACAAAUUAUGCUGCCUGUUACUGUGUUGGACUCCUGUUAGCCAGAAGGACUCUAAGGCACUACAAGUUAGAUGACAUCUACGAGGGACAGGCCGAGAUCGACGGCGAGCAGUUCGAGGUAGAACCAGUGCCAGGUCAACGAGGUCCUUUUAGAUGCUACCUAGAUACUGGCCUGGCCAGAACUUCCAAGGGCGCCAGAAUAUUCGGCGUCCUCAAGGGUGCAGUAGACGGAGGCAUGGCGAUACCCCACAAAUACAAGCGAUUCCCGGGAUACACACCUGCAGAGGGCGAGGAUGAGGAGAAUUAUGAUGCGGCCGAGCACCGAAGGUACAUUUUCGGACAGCAUGUUGCAGACUACAUGAAAAGCUUGAUGGAAGAAGAUGAUGACGUCUACAAACGACAGUUCUCGCGAUUCAUCAAGAAUGGAAUCUCGCCUGAUAACAUAGAGGCGUUGUAUAGUAAAGUACACGCAGCAAUUAGAGCCAAUCCGGAACAUAAAAAGGCAGAAAAGGCGUCGUUUAAACCUGGGAAGAGGUUCAACGCCAAGAAAUUGACUUACCAGGAGAGAUUCGCCAAGAGACCAAGGCUAGAAGACCUCCAAGAUCAGUAGAACUGUUGCAAUAUUGAAACUAGAAUUUAAUGAGUGAACUAAUUAAUGGCGUUUCAUAGCAUUGCAUUAUUGGUUCUAUUGAAUUAAGUUUUCAAAGCACA